AAAAUGCCGGAAGAUGAAGGAGCUGAUAAAAAGAAAUCACAUCGGGCACGACAAUCUGGUGUGAAGGCUGAGAAAAAGAAAUUGAAAGCGAAGAAAGAAUCAAAUCAAAAGGAACCAACAUUGACAGCACGUCAACGGAAUCCUAAAGCAUUUGCCAUUAACUCUGCCGUCAGUGCUGAAAGGAAUUUCCGACGCAAAGAAGAUUUAACUGCCAAGAAACAACAUAUUCCUUUGGUGGAUCAAACUCCCGAUGAACCACCACCAGUGUUAAUUGCAGUAGUGGGACCACCAAAGGUUGGUAAAACCACACUGAUCAAUAAUCUGAUAAAAAGCUUUACCCGCACUAAUGUCAAUGACAUUAAGGGCCCCAUUACCAUUGUUACGUCCAAGAAGCGGCGUAUUACAUUGUUGGAAUGCAACAAUGACAUCAACUCGAUGAUAGAUGUGGCCAAGUGUGCCGAUUUGGUAUUGCUUAUGUGCGAUGCCAGUUAUGGCUUUGAAAUGGAAAUAUUUGAAUUCUUGAAUAUAUGCCAGGUGCAUGGUAUGCCAAAGAUUAUGGGCGUGUUAACCCAUUUAGAUAUGAUUAAGAAUACUAAACAGUUAAGGAAACGGAAGAAGGAAUUGAAGCAUCGUUUCUGGACUGAGGUAUACGAUGGUGCUAAAUUGUUUUAUUUGUCGGGUUUAUUGCACGGUGAAUACCUGAGGAAUGAAAUCAAGAAUUUGGGACGUUUCAUAUCCGUAAUGAAAUUCCGUCCUUUGACAUGGCGCGGUGCCCACAGUUAUGUGGUUGUGGAUCGUGUUGAAGAUAUGACCAACACCGAUGUGAUACGACGUAAUCCAAAAUGUGAUCGUGAUGUGGUCUUGUAUGGUUAUGUUCGCGGUGUUCCCCUGAAGCAGGAGCAUAUGGUACAUAUUGCGGGUUUGGGUGAUGCUCGAAUUGAUGAAUUAAGUGCAAUUUCGGAUCCAUGUCCAUUACCGGGUACAGAAAAGAAACGUACUUUGCUGGAGAAGGAGCGUUUGCUGUAUGCCCCAAUGUCGGGUGUGGGUGGUAUUGUUUAUGAUAAGGAUGCUGUGUAUAUUGAAUUGCAAGGAUCCCACAGUCAUAAGGAUAAGACUGCUGAGGCCACGGAACAGGAAGAGUUGGUGGGAAAGUUGAUUGGUAAAAAACAAACUGUGGAUGAACAAAUCGAUGAACAGGAAUUCCGUUUGUUUUCGGAUGGUGCUGCGAUUAAGUCUAAAGAUUUUGUACAAGAAGAUGAAAUGGGGGAGGAUGAUGAAGAAGAUGAUGGCUCUGAUGAUGGCGAUGAUGAUUCUGGGGAAGAGGAUGAUUCCGGUGUUGAUGACGAUGAAGAAGAGGAUGAUGAAGCUGACAGUGUUAAUGAAUUUGAUGGCGAUGAUUGGCGUAAUGAAGAUUCCCAAAAUGAAUCCAGGAAUAUGGAAUCCGAAGAAGAUUCUUCCGAUGAUGAUGAUUAUCAAGAUUUGGAUAAAUUGAAAAAAUCUAGAAAAUCUAAAAAUUCCAGUGAUGAGGAUGAAGAGGAGGAGGAAGACGACGAAGAAGAAGCAAUUAUUGCCAAUAACUUGAGUUGGAAAGAAAAUUUGGCCGAGAAGGCCAGAGAUGCUUUCCUUCAGCGUCACUCUGAAUCCAAAAAUUUAAUGCGUUUGGUCUACGGCUGUUAUACACAGAGUGAACUAAAAAAGUCAGCCGAAGAUAAUAAUGAACAGUCAGCUGGCGAGUCUGACGAUGAUGAGGAUGCUAUUGGUGGCCUUUUCAAGGUGGCUGCUAAAAAGCAAACCGAAUUGCAAAAAGAUAAAGAUUUGCGUGACAAAUUUGAAUCAUGUUUCUUUGAUGAUAAUUUCGAAAGCACACGUAAUUGGCUGGAGGAUAGUAAUAAGGAUUUAAUACGCAAUUGCUUUGUUACCGGCAAAUGGAAAGCCUCCGAGGAUGCUGAAAAUCUUUUGCGUCUCGAUGAUAUGAGUGAUGCGGAAAGUGAGGUAUAUGGUGAUUUUGAAGAUCUGGAAACGGGUGAAAAACUAAGUGGCAAACCCAAAGAAGAGGGCGAAAAUGAACAACAAACUAAUGAAUCAGAAGCCCAAACUAGUGAAGCUCAGAAACGUAAAAUGACCCGUGUCGAGGAAGAAAAUCUCACCAAGGCUGAAAUCAUGGCGAAGAAAUUAAAACUCAAAGCCAAAUUUGAUGCCGAAUAUGAUGGCAAAGGUGAAAAGGAAGAGGACGAUGGACGCAUUAAGGGUGACCACGAUUACUAUGAAAGCCUUAAGGCUGAAGCGCAAAAACAAUCCCAGCUAAAUAAAAGUGAAUUCGAAAAUUUGGAUAAUGAGUUGCGUGUCCAAAUCGAAGGUUAUCGUGCCGGCAUGUAUGUCCGUUUGGGUUUCAAAAAUUUACCAGCUGAAUUUAUUGAAAACUUUGACCCCACUUACCCGGUACUUGUGGGUGGUCUCAACAUGGCCGAGGAGAAUAUUGGCUAUGUCAAUUGCAAAGUGAAGAAACAUCGUUGGUAUAAGAAGAUUCUUAAGUCUGGCGACCCCCUCAUUAUUUCCAUGGGUUGGAGACGUUUCCAAACUGUGGCUGUUUAUGCCAAGGUGGAAGAUAAUUUCCGCCAUCGUUAUUUGAAAUAUACCCCAGAACAUGUUACCUGCAGCAUGACAUUUUGGGGUCCCAUAACACCACAGAAUACCGGUUUCUUGGCCCUGCAAACGGUAAAACAUGAUCAGGAGGAAUUGAAGCGUAUUGGUUUCCGAAUUGCUGCCACGGGCUGUGUUACCGAAUUGGAUAAGUCCUGUCAAAUCAUGAAGAAAUUAAAACUGGUGGGUCAUCCCUUCAAAAUCUAUCAAAAAUCUGCCUUCAUUAAGGGUAUGUUUAAUACCAGCUUGGAAGUGGCCAAAUUUGAAGGUGCUAAAAUAAAAACUGUAUCCGGCAUUAGAGGUCAAAUUAAAAAGGCCCAUCACACGCCAGAGGGUUCAUUUAGGGCCACCUUUGAAGAUAAGAUUCUAUUGAGUGAUAUUGUAUUCUGCCGGACCUGGUUCCGUGUCGAUGUACAUCGUUUCUAUGCCCCAGUUACAACUCUACUACUGCCUCCCGAACAAAAGCUACAUUGGCAGGGUAUGAAAACAUUGGGUCAACUCAAGAGGGAGAAACAAAUUAAAAAUGAAGCCCAACCCGAUAGUUUAUAUACCGAAAUCAAGAGACAACCCAAAGUAUUUCGUCCAUUGGUUAUUCCGAAAUCCCUGCAAAGGGCUCUACCAUAUAAGGAUAAACCUAAAAUGGGUCCUUUGACCCCAGCCGAAAAGGCUGAACGUGUGGCUGUUGUACGUUCGCCACACGAACAGAAGGUGGCCAAACUUAUGAACAUGAUCGAAACAAAUUAUCAAGAGAAACGUAACAAAGAUCGUCAUGAAACUAAACUGCGUGUCAAGAAAUUCAAAUUACAAAAACGCGCAGAGGAACUUUCCAAGUUGAAACGGCAAAAGGAGUUGCGUAAAAAGGUUUCCCGCGCCCUCAGUAAAAUGAAGAGUAAAACAAAGACAUAAACACCU